GAGAGCAAGAAAACGAAAAUGGGGAGCGGGCAAGAAAGGAACUCGUCCAAGAAGAAGAAGAACAAGGGCAAGCCGCUCGGCCCCAAAACAACCAAUCUCAAACCCAAAAACAACAUCAACAACAACAAGCAGCCGCAAAGCGAUGACCAACUCGAAGAUCAAACCCACAUCGAAACCGGCAACCUACAAUCGAAGCUCAGCUUGUUCCUCGACAAGUUUCAAUCCGCCAAUCGCCUCCAGCUCUCUUCUCUCGAAUUGGACUCCCUCACUGAUAAAUGUAUUGUGGAUUUUCCUGGAAGCACGGAUCAAGAUGUCGAAAACUUGGGCAAACAAGUGAAGGCAGCUUUCGGGCCGUCAUGGAAAGAUGAACUAUGUGAUAAGCGUCUCUUGGAAGGAAAAGUUGGUCCCGGGAGUCCAGCUGUUCUUAUUAUUAGUACUUCUGCCUUGAGAUCAAUAGAACUCUUAAGGGGAUUUCGGUCGCUGACUAAAGAAUGCCAUGCAGCGAAGCUGUUCUCGAAGCAUAUGAAGGUUGAGGAACAGGUCUCCUUGUUAAAGGACCGUGUUAACAUUGCUAGUGGUACACCAAACAGGAUAAAGAAGCUAAUUGACACCGAGGCGUUGGGGCUUUCACGGUUAUCAGUGAUUGUGCUUGAUGUGCACCCAGAUGUAAAGGGCUAUUCCCUGUUGACACUUCCACAAGUCAGAGAUGAAUUCUGGGACUUGUACAAGACUUAUUUUCACCAGCGAUUACAAGGUUCCUUGCGUCUCUCUCUUUAUGGUCCAUUAGUAUCUGAUAAUGAGUUCAAGGGAAAAAAGAAGAGACCCAAUGAAUAGUUAUGUAUAUUUUUUUGGUACAAACUUUAAAGCUAUUCUACUAUCUUUUCCCUAGAGAUCUUACAAUUUUAUGUGCACCUCUGUUGGAUUUACAAUUGAAGCGUGCUUUGAAUCAUGAUAAAUCUGUUGGAGUUGGAUUUUUAUUUUUGUUAUGUUGUUGAAGAUCAAAUGUUAAAUGUUUCUCUUUUAAUUUUUUUUUAUAACCCUAAAG